GUGAGUGAAAAUGUCCAAUUCGAAAUGUCAAUUCAAUCACGCAAAACAAGCAGAUGUCACGUUAAUUUGUUAUUCUAUUUUACUGUAAUAACCCGUUAAAUUAGAAUUUUGCAAUAAUUUAAACUUAGUGUUUGAAUAUUAGACAAGUUACAGUGUUUUUCGUGUUCAGUGCAUUAAAUUAAUAGUGAAAUGUCGAACGACAAAGAAGAGGCAGUGAACGGCGAAUCGUCGGCAGCGACUGAACAAACUGUUGAAAAACGCAUAGGCUGCGCUCAUUACAAGCGACGAGCGAAAUUCGUGACGCCAUGCUGCAACAAGCUAUACAUGUGCCGCUACUGCCACGACGAGAAUGAGCAACACUACUUCAACCGAAAAAGCGUCACCGAGCUGAUAUGUACAGAAUGCGAUACCCGGCAGGCGGUGCAGGCCGAGUGCGUGAGCUGCGGCGUGCGCUUCGGGAAGUACACAUGCCUCAUAUGCAACCUGUUCGACGACGAAGACAAGCGCCAGUACCACUGUGAGGGCUGCGGCAUCUGCCGGGUCGGCGGCCGGGACCGCUUCUUCCACUGCGAGCGGUGCAACAUGUGUCUACCUAUGCAGCUACAGAGAGUGGGGCAUAGGUGCGUAGAGAAUGUGUCCCGGUCCAACUGCCCCGUGUGCCUCGAGGACAUCCACACGUCCCGUAUCCCGUGCCACAUCCCCGACUGCGGACACCUGCUGCACCGGCCCUGCUUCGAGCAGCUCCUACACUCGGGACACUACGCCUGCCCCACGUGCCAGACCAGCAUGAUCGACAUGACCAACUUAUGGAGUUAUUUGGACUCGGAGGUGGCGGCGACGCCCAUGCCGCCCGAGUAUGCGGACUACAAGGCCACUAUACUUUGUAAAGAUUGCCAUAAGCUGUCGACGGUGAAAUUUCACGUGGUGGGGCUGAAGUGUCAACAUUGCGGGGCCUACAACACGUGUCAGACCAACGGGUUUCAUAAAGAAUCAACGAGCGCGGAGUCUGGCGACUCGUCGACGUCAUCGAGCCGGAGCGGCUCGUCGUCCGCGCAGGCGCCUGCUGCGGUACCUGCGCCCCCGCCCGCGCCCGCGCCGUCGGGCUCCGGCCCCCCGCCG